CUCACUUGUUCAUUUCCAACACCAAGUAAUCUCUUAACUCUAGUAAACACACACUAGCACUUCCCACAUUUUCUCUUUCAAAAAAUGGCUAAGAUUGCAUCAUCCAUUGCUCCUCUCCUUACUUUGAACAUUCUCUUCUUCACAAUGGUUACUUCAACUUACAUCCAAUGUCCACCAAAGACUCAACACAAGAAUCCCCCUAGUACCCCAUCAAUAUCCAAGGGCUAUAAUAAGUGUCCAAAGGACACACUAAAAUUGAAGGUGUGCGCCAAUUUGUUGAAUGACUUGGUGCAUGUUGUUGUUGGAAGCCCAUUAUUAUCAAAGAGUUCAUGCUGCUCUAUCAUUGAGAAUCUUGCUGAUGUUGAUGCUGCCGUUUGCCUUUGCACUGCCAUUAAAGCUAAUGUGUUCGGAACUCACCUUAAUGCCGCUCUUUCCCUCAGCUUGUUGCUCAACAACUGUGGAAAGACUACCCCUAAAGGCUUCCAAUGCGCUUAAAUUAAAGCAUUCUUUGUUAAAUUUUCAUCCAUUGUCUAGAAGUUUUCGUUUGAUUUAAGUUACGUAUACUGAAAGUGUAAGGAUUUUUUAAACUAUCAGUAUUGUGUGUGUUUAAGCAUGGUCGCGUAUUUCCUCAGGAAAUAUGUAGAGUUAUUCUAUUGUUGUUGAAGGAAGCUGGCGCUCCUCGCCUUAUUUUCAAUAUUGUAUUAUUUGUAUCCCAUUUUUAGUAGUAAUAAAAUGAUCUUUGGUGUAAGGAAUUAUAA